CCUCCGCCUCAGUUGGAGGCACGCUGGGAACCGGCCUCCUGUCUCCCCGUGGAAACUUCAGGAGUGACCUCCUCCUCGCUGAACCCGAGUCCCAGUCCCUUGGAGGCUGCAGCCAUGAAGGAGAGACGGGCGCCGCAGCCGGUGGUGGUCAGAUGUAAGCUCGUGCUGGUGGGGGACGUGCAGUGUGGGAAGACGGCGAUGUUACAGGUGCUAGCGAAGGACUGCUAUCCCGAGACCUACGUGCCUACCGUGUUUGAGAAUUACACAGCCUGUUUGGAGACCGAUGAACAGCGAGUGGAGCUCAGCCUCUGGGAUACUUCAGGUAAGACCGCAGCCGCAAAGGCUCCGUCCUACCGCCACUGGCUAGGGGAGAAAAAUCGCCUUUGUUUCCUAUGCGUUUUAGACCAUUGCAUUAAUAACCACAUUGCACCCUUCCCACAGGGCUGUGCCAUCGCCAAGCAGUUGGGCGCAGAAAUCUACCUGGAGGGCUCGGCUUUUACCUCAGAGAAGAGUAUCCACAGCAUCUUCCGGAUGGCAUCCAUGGUGUGUUUGAACAAGCCUAACUCAGUGCCCCCGAAGAGCCCGGUCCGCAGCCUCUCCAAGCGACUUCUCCACCUCCCCAGUCGCUCUGAACUCAUCUCUUCCACCUUCAAGAAGGAAAAGGCCAAAAGCUGUUCCAUCAUGUGAAGUCGGAGCCAGAGGCGGGGGAGACAGCCCCCCACUUCCUCCCUUGGGGUGCAGAGGCACGGGGAGAGGGAGGAUGAGACAGUUUAAGACCCUGGAUGUGACUUUUUCAGAUGGCCACAGUGAGGGCUCAGGAGACAGGAAUGGAAUUGAAGAAGCCAGGCCUGGCAGGAGGGCCUGACAUUAAGCGAAAACCAUCACACCCCAAGCCAGGCAGUAGGCUGUGGAGGGAGCAGUUGCCCCAGUGUCUCCUACUCCAGAGGAAGGAAGGGUAUUGGGGGACUGGGGACAUGCUGGCCUCACCUUCAGCACCAUGCUCUUCCACACAGCAUUCCCAUGCAGGCGGGGGAUGGGAAGGGCCUUUGAGCUCUCCCUGUCCCCUCUGAGAAGUGGCAAUGGACUGGACAAUGGGAAAGCUUAGCCCAGAUGCUUCAUAACUGAAACCAGGAGGGCAAGGGCUGACCAGAGCUGGGAAGGAAACCUCAUCUUUGCAUAGCCCAUGCGUCACAGAGAGGUGACAUCAUACAUUCACACGCUUCUCACCGAAGUCCCCAGGGCCCAGGGGAGAAGCCCCAGACCCCCUUCUCUUACAGAAUGUGGGGGUGGUGGUGCUGCAGGGGCAGGACUGAUGGUGAUCACCAGACUUUCCUGCCCUCAGGGUGGUACGGUUGGCGUUUGUUUUCUAGACUCUUGUCUUUGGAAUUUGGGGUGGGGGGGUUGUUUCAAUCUGUUGUCUGUUCUGUGUUUAAAGAGGAGAACCUAUUUAUUAAUGAAAUAUAACAUAUAAUGAAGUUGA